UCCUGUGCUCUCAGCAAUCAGCGUACAGUAGUCUGUUGGAGAGGGCAGAUAGAGAGACGAUGACUGCGCCGUGCUGCUCGGUUUAUUGGGACCGCCUGCAAUGAUCUUGGCACAAACUGUCCGACUUCAGCAUAUGACCACAUCUCCAGCCUGCUGCAGAAAUGCCUGGAGGCCUAUACCAGGUGACGACCAGGCGCCACCACAGUGUCUACAGCCUGACAGACAGCUCUGAGGUCGGCCCAGACGAUGACAUCGACGCCCCGCUGCGCCUCACCCCCCUGCAGAAGCUCACCACCGACAUGUGCAAGGAUGAGAAGACCAUCAAGGACUUGAUGAUAGGCCGCAGGGUGGGCUUCUACAAGGUCCGCGGGGAGAUCGGCUCUGGGACCUUCUCGAGAGUCAAACUGGCUUUCCAUGCUCUGACUAAAGACAAAGUGGCCCUGAAGAUACUGGACAAGACCAGGUUGGACAGUCAGGCCCAGCGUCUGCUCUCCAAAGAGAUCAGCAACAUGGAGUGCCUGCAGCACCCAAACGUGGUGUGUCUGUACGAGGUGGUGGACACGCCAAGCCGCCUCUACCUGGUGCUGGAGUACGCAGGAGGAGGAGACCUCCACAACAGGAUCUGCACCAAGGGGAAACUGUCAGACAACACCAGCAAGAUCACCUUCGCCCAGAUCCUGUCUGCCAUCAAAUAUAUGCACAACCUCAACAUCAUCCACCGAGACCUGAAGGCCGAGAACGUCCUGUUCACCAGCAGCGGCAGUGUGAAGGUGGCAGAUUUUGGAUUCAGCACGCGGAUUUCAAACCGCAACCUCGCCCUCGACACCUUCUGCGGCUCGCCACCCUACGCCGCCCCGGAGCUCUUCAGGGAUGAGUGCUAUAUCGGGCCCCCAGUGGACGUGUGGGCCAUGGGGGUCCUGCUCUUCUUCAUGGUGACCGGCACCAUGCCGUUCCGCGCCGAGACCAUGGGGAAGCUGCGGCGCUGCAUCAUCGAAGGCAUCUACACCAUCCCUCCCUGGGUGCCCGGCCCCUGCCAGAGGCUCAUCAAGGGCAUCCUGAAGGGGGUCGCCGCCGAGCGCUACGCUGUCGACCAGAUGCUCGGCUGCGAUUGGCUCCUACCUGUGGAGUUCCCCUGGUCGUUGGUGCCUCCCGAGCCAACGAGCUCUCUGCAGAACCUGCUGGAUUCAGAGCGCAGAGACCUGGAGGAGCAGAUUGAGGAGGAGGUCAGGAGCUCGAUGGAGGAGCUCGGCUUCACCCGGGAGCACCUGAACAACAAUCAGAUCAAAGACAGUCGCAACCCGGUCACCGGGGUUUAUCGGAUCCUGCUGCACCGAGCCCAGAAAAGGAGGGGCUGCGACAGUCCCCCGGUCGUCAGAGGGAUGGUGAGGGACCCCAAGAGGGAGGGGCUUCGAGCCUACAGGGGCCUCAGACACACAUCCAAAUUAUGUGUGCUCUCAUAACAGACUGGUAGGGAUGCUUCAGAACAGUUUUUAUACUUCUUUUAUACAAACAUGAAAUUAAAAGCUAUAGUGAUUUUUUUUUCUACAUUAUGGGAAGGUGACUUGUAGUUUUUGAUACAUGUGUUUCAUUUGCUCCAAUGCAGCUUUGUGGGAAAGUAUGAGUUAAAGUGCCUGGUGAAAUUAAACAGAAUUAUAUCGGGUGACUUUUCCCUCUCAAAUAGUUUGAUUUGAAUGAUUUUUAGAGGCCUGAAGAGGUGAAGAUAUCCAGUAUGUUUAAGAAGGCGAGCAAAACUUGGAGAUUUAUUUCAGAAAAAUAAACAUAACCUCAUGUAACUUUUCAUGGGACCCCUCCAGUUUUUAAAAUAGUCACAGUUGCUCUUAAAAUUCAGAGCCAAACAGCCCAAAAGCAUUUAGUGCAUUGGUAAAUGACUCAUUUUGUAUUUGUUUUUUUGUGCACCUCAUUGUAGCUUUUUAGUCUUGUGAGUGCACACAGUGGGUUUAUUAAAUAUUAUAGUAUGUUUUUUAAAGGAAGAUGGGGAAGCUUACACCCACUUAAACAAAUCCUGUAUCUUAAAGACUCCUAUUGUUAAUGAAAAACUAAAUAAAGUGGUGAAAAAAAAACUAAUGCGUCACUCAUUGUUUGGAGCAGGUGGCUGCACGCUGCACCCAAACAGAGCCGAGCUCGCGUCUCUGCGGCUUGUUUACCAAAGUUUCACUAAGUGCCUGCGAGUAAACAAUAGUCCCGACAGCAGCUGGCAGGACACCAGAUGAUACUCGGGACCCUUCUCCAUCUCCACAACCGGUCCAAACCAGCCAAAACCCAACCCCUCUGCCUGCCCCCUCUGGCACUGCAAAAACUCACUAACCCCACCGGCUCCUCCCCGCCCUGCCCCUGCCCGACCCCCACCUGCAGGAAGCGGCAGAUGGCGCGGCGUGGCAGCGGAGACAUCUGCAGGCCGAACAAUAGGAGCUCUGUGCGGACCGCUGGAGCUGACAGGCCCCGGGAGCUGCGCUAUUGUGCGCGGCGCCAUACACAUGCAGAUGAGGUCUGCUGGAGGAGGGACAGCAGCCAGCAGAUGACAGGCCUUAGCGCCUUCCAUGCAAAUCUGCUGAGUUUGAAACUUUUGUUAGUUGCGUAACUGCCCCCACCCUCCCUCCUCCCUGA